AUGGGGUGGGUAAAUGAAGAGGGUUUAAAAUAUAUACAAAGUGGUGAGUGCCUCUCUUUCUUUUUUCAAUUAAUUUUCUUUUUCAAAAGGUGUCCAGACAAUAUAGAAUCAAGAAAUCUAACACAGGUAUCAGAAUUCUAUCUCAUGAUGCCCUUAGAGGAUUCAGAACUGCAGCCUGUGCUUUUUGGACUCUUCCUGUCUAUGUACCUGGUCACAGUGCUUGGAAACCUGCUCAUCAUCAUGGCCAUUACCACUGACUCUCACCUGCACACCCCUAUGUACUUCUUCCUCUCUGUCCUGUCCUUGGAUGACAUCGUUUUUGUCUCCACCACAGUCCUGAAAAUGAUUGUGAACAUCCAAACUAGCAGCACAGUCAUUUCCAAUGUGGGGUGUCUGACACAGAUGUCUCUUUUUAUAAUUUUUGCAGAUAUGGAUGGUAUGCUACUGUCUGUGAUGGCCUAUGACCGGUUUGUGGCCAUCUGUCACCCCUUAAACUAUCCAGUCAUUAUGAACCCCCAACUCUGUGGAUUCUUAGUUUUGGUGCCUUUUUUGGUUAGCAUUUUGGGUUGCCAGGUACACAUUUUGUUUGUGUUACAAGUUACAUAUUUCAAAGAUGUGAAAAUUUCUAGUUUUUAUUGUGACCCUUCUCAAAUUCUUGAUCUUACUUGUUCUGACAACUUCUCUCAUAAUAUUUUCAAGUAUUUUGUUGCCACCAUAUAUGGUUUUUUCCCCAUCUCAGGAAUUCUCUUCUCUUAUUAUAAAAUUCUCUCCUCCAUUCAGAGAAUCCCAUUAGGUGGGAAGUAUAAAGCCUUCUCAACUUGUGGGUCUCACCUUUCUGUGGUUUGCUUAUUUUAUGGAACAGCCAUUGGUGUGUACCUUGAGACAGCUGUAUCAAAUGCCCCUAAAAAGAGUGGGGUGGCCUCAGUGAUGUAUGCUCUGGUCACCCCUAUGCUAAAUCCUUUCAUCUACAGCCUGAGGAACAGGGACAUGAAAAGUGCUCUGUGGAAGCUUCAGAGCAGAAUUACCUAA